AUGUCAAACAUUACUUUCGACCCCACAACCCUCUCCCAAAGCACCAACAAAACAGUCAUAAUAACCGGCGCAGCACGGGGCAUCGGCGCCGCAACCGCAAAGCUCUUCAACCAACACGGCGCAAACGUCGUCCUAGCAGACCUAUCCCAAUUUCGCGCAGCCGCAGAAAACCUCAUAAACUCUGAAUUCGCACAUCCAGAGCGCGCAAUCUUCGUAACGGGUAGUAUCGUCAACUGGGCCGAGCUGACGGCAUGCUUCAAGACGGCGAUUCAGAAAUUCGGAAGCCUUGAUGUCGUCGUUGCGAAUGCGGGGAUUAUGGAGUCGAGACCUGUGCUGGAUCUGAGCGUUGACAAGGAUGGGGAGUUGAGGGAGGAUGAGGAGGCGGGGAGUGUUAUUGAUGUUAAUCUUAAGGGGACUUUGAAUAGUAUAAUACCCUCAACCCAGACUAAGAUUUCGGAGUUUCUAAUGUGUAGUAUUACAGCACUCCGACUCGCCCUUUUCCAUAUGACAAAAAAUCCCGAUGUAAGCCACGACACACCUAAAUCAAUACUCCUCGUCGGCUCGACAUCCAGUUACUUCGGCGGAACCGGCGUGACGGCCUACGUCGCCUCGAAGCAUGGCAUCCUCGGCCUCCUGCGCGCAUCGCAGUCCGAAGCGCGCGAGUUGGGCGUGAGGAUCAACGCCGUUGCGCCGUUCUUCACGCCGACGUAUGUCACGGCCGGAUUUGCGGCGCAGUGGCGCGAGAGCGGGUUGGAAGAGAACACACCCGAGCUCGUGGCGGAGACUAUUGCGCUAGUUUCGCUGGAUGAGGGGAGGAGCGGGGAGUGUGUGCUGGUUGCUGGGAGGUAUUUGAGAGAAUUGGAGGGAUCAAGGAUGAGGCUUCUUCCGGAUUGGGUUGGAGAGGAUGUGGCGAAUUUCAUGGCGAGAGCUAUGCGGUUCUUUGUUAGUAUUGGAGGGUAUGUUUUGCCCAAGAAAUACUAG